AUCGGGGGGAAAAAUUGAGUGGAUCACAUGACUGCUUAUUUCCUGUUGCACUAACUUACGCUACCUAGCCGCCGCCAGUCUCAGCCCCUCCGCGGCCGGCGUUGUGCUCCCUCCUCCACGGACUGCUUACACGCUCGUGCCGAAGGCCUCCCUCGAAUUCUACACGGACUAAAAAGUCGUCCAUUUUCUUCCCCCUUUUUAGUUGGACUCAAAGUGGGGAAAAAAUAAUUUGAAGCGAACGAGCGUUCAUCAUGGCGACAGCGGCGGUGUCAGCCCCGGUCGGUGGCCCCAACCCCGGCCCGGGCACCGAGUUGGUGCGCGGGCAGGCGUUCGACGUUGGGCCUCGCUACAGCAACCUUUCGUACAUCGGUGAAGGAGCCUACGGGAUGGUGUGCUCGGCGUACGACCGUGACAACAAACUCCGCGUGGCCAUCAAGAAGAUCAGCCCUUUCGAGCACCAGACGUACUGCCAGCGCACGCUGCGCGAGAUCAAGAUCCUGCUGCGCUUCAAGCAUGAGAACAUCAUCGGAAUCAACGACAUCAUACGCACGCCCACCAUUGACCAGAUGAAAGACGUUUAUAUCGUUCAGGAUCUGAUGGAAACCGACCUGUACAAGCUGCUGAAAACCCAGCACUUGAGCAACGACCACAUCUGCUACUUCCUCUACCAGAUCUUACGUGGUCUCAAGUACAUUCACUCGGCCAACGUGCUGCACCGCGACCUCAAGCCGUCCAACCUCCUGCUCAACACCACCUGCGAUCUCAAGAUCUGCGACUUUGGCCUGGCCCGCGUGGCCGACCCGGACCACGACCACACCGGCUUCCUAACGGAGUAUGUGGCCACGCGUUGGUAUCGAGCACCAGAGAUCAUGCUCAACUCCAAGGGCUACACCAAGUCCAUAGACAUCUGGUCAGUGGGCUGCAUCCUGGCUGAGAUGUUGUCUAACCGACCCAUAUUUCCCGGGAAACAUUACCUGGAUCAACUCAACCACAUUCUGGGUAUCCUGGGUUCCCCUUCUCAGGAGGACCUAAACUGCAUCAUCAACAUCAAAGCCAGGAAUUAUUUACUGUCUCUGCCGCUGCGCUGCAAAGUACCCUGGAACCGUCUCUUUCCUAACGCUGAUGCCAAAGCAUUGGAUCUGUUGGACAAAAUGCUCACCUUCAACCCCCACAAGAGGAUCGAAGUGGAGGAGGCCCUCGCGCAUCCCUACUUGGAGCAAUAUUACGACCCCACCGAUGAGCCCGUCGCUGAGGCGCCGUUCAAGUUCGACAUGGAGCUAGACGACCUCCCAAAGGAGACGCUGAAAGAGUUGAUCUUUGAGGAGACGGCACGCUUCCAGCCAGGGUUCCGAUCCUAACGCUUCACGCUAGAUGAUUCGCUGUCGCUGCCCCCCACUAAAAUCAAACUCCGCCUCCUCCACGCUGUUUUUUCCCCCCCCUUUUUUUAUUUGAGUCGUAUUUUUCUGUUUUGAUUCCCAGAAUCCUUGGCUGUCGCUCAUCAAGUCCACGUUGCUCAGGAAUGGCGUCAGGAAUCAAUCAGUCCGUCGUUCCCAGAUGAGGGAGGGUGGGCCAGCGACUCGGGGUUGAUUUUCUUCCCUUUCUUAAAAAUGCUUUUUUUUUUUUCUCCCCCAAAUCAUCGCCUGCUUCUAUCGCAGACCCUCCAAAAAACGAGCAAUUUAUGCAAAGAGUCAUCAGCCACAAAAAAAGCCAUGGUUAUGACGGUUCUCUCGAAUCGUCCUUUUAUUGUACUACAUCUUGUGUUUUAGCCUCCGCAGGUCAGCACGGGACAGUCUUAAUGUGUUUGAAAGGGAAAGAAAAACACCCCCCUCUGUAGUUUAUCCUUUCUAAGUAGUAAACAUUGUGUUUGUGAUGGGAAACGGACUAUAUUUUCUUUGUGUGUGUGUACGUGUGCGUGCGCGUGGCUUGCCGAGAAGACAAGUGUGCCCCCUCUGCAUGACUGUUAGCAGCUGUGUAUACAAAGAGCAUGUCAAGUGCCACACGGGCCUUUACCGUUCCGCCUCCCAACACGGUGCUUCGAGUCCUCAUUUUGACUUUUUUUUUUUGUUUGUUUUUUUCCAAUUGAAACAAGGCCGCCACUUUGAAACAUAGCACUUAAGCUCCAAUUAGCCUGCAGCUUUGGAAAGAGCCAUGCUAACGUAACUUCCGUUAAAUUAGCUGGUUGACUCGCUAAAUUGGUUUGGAAAUCUGAAAGGAUAGUUUUUGACGCAGCUUUCCUACACAAAUGAUGAAUCCUGUAUAACAUUUUUUUCUAAUAAACAUAAUUGCUUUAAAGGAGCAAUAUGUAAGAUUUGCACUUUGUCUUAAUAAAUAGCCUUAAUAUUUCAAUAGACUUUAAGGAAACAUGUUUUUUGGAAAUACUUCAAACACGUUCCUCAAUAGUUAAGCCGAUAUUUUCCUAUUUUAAAAGUCUAUUGUCAGCCUAUAAAAGUUAUUGUUUCAAUUCUGUGUUUACUGUACAACAGAUGUACCGCCCUCCACCAAUCACUUAUGAGAUGUUCUUUGUUGUCAUCUAGGUUGCCAGAGCUCUGUAGGCUACGUUAACUCAUGUUGCAGAAAUAAGACAAGGAUAUGCAUAUACGUCGUAUACUUGUACUAGAAGUACGUUUACUUAUACAACAAGAAUGUUUAUUUAAUUGUUCUCAACUAUGGUUACUUUUACUACUAGUAUGUAGACCUGCGCGUGCUUAUGCUACGUGGAGAUACGCAUGCUUGUGCUGUGUCCACGUGGACCUGCGCGCGCUUGUGUGCGUGCGCGUGGACUUGCACGCGCUUGUGAUACUUGUGCAUGGACCUGCGCGAGCUUGUGCUACGGACCGCGUAGUCAGAGUAUACCGACUAGCACAGCAAAGCUACCCACGAAAUUUCUCCGGAAAUUACAAAUUCUAGUUUCUGAAUGAAAUGCAACAUUAGUAUGAUAAUGUAGCUUGAUUCUCCAUUGCGAAGCACAUAUCGAGCAGUCCUCAGGGGAAGAAAGGUGAUGUUGUGCGCAUCAAUAUUUUCAUCCUGGUUGCAGUACCGUUUGUGGCCAACAGACUUACAUAUUGCUUCUUUAAUGAGCUUUAUUUUUGCCAAUAACAGCAAUGGACAUCCAAUCCAUUUGAACUGGUAGGGCUGGCAGAAAAUUAGCCCUUCCAGUUCAAAUGGAUUGGAUUUCUACGAGUGACAAAAAAUGUUUUAUGUUCAAAGCAGAAGAAUAUUUUGAAAAGAAAAAAGAAGAAUUGGACAUCUAUUAUCGUCAAUGGCACUGAAAGAGUUAAGCAAGAGUGGCCUAGCCAGAAAUUAUUCGACUUUAAAUGACUUAUUUAGCACUUUGUUAGCUGAGCAUAUUUAAAAAGGCGUCAAAUGCUCCUGCGGCCUGUAGGUAUACCGUGUAAUUGUUUGGGGGGGGGGGGGGGGGCGUUUAAGGGCACCGGGAAACAGCGGCAUCUGGACGGUUUGUGUGCUGAUCAGCGCUCGUGCUCCGUUCUUUUGUGUCUGUUUGUGCCUUCUUUGACGAUUCCGUGUGCAGCUUCUGACGUGAUCAAUCAGUAAAAAAAAAAAAAAAAAGUAAGCUUUGUACAUUUUAAAAAGGUUUGUUGCCACCGCUGUGAGUGUGCGAUGCGUGGAGAGAAAAAAAAAUCAAAUAAUAAUUUCCUUUUUUUUUUUCUUCUUUUUUUUCAGAAGAUAUUUUUAUUGUCCGAUGAAUGUUCUGUUUCUAUCAGACACUAAAUGAUAUUGUUGCUUCACUUUGUGUUUUAAUCAAUUUGUGAAGAAGAAAAAAACGAUUAAAACAGGAAAAAAAUGGUUACGCUUAUGUUUAUAAAAGUGCGUCCGCGGCUAAUUUUCUUUUUGAUGUUUUUUGGGUCAGUUUUAUUUUGCUGUUGUGUGAAGAAUUUUGCUCUUAUUGUUGAAGACUGUUUUUAAAAAGUGAAUAAUGACAUUGUCUUUUGCAAGCCAAGAAGAAGAAAAACACAAACGUCGAGAAAAUAAACAAUAUUGAAGUGACUGGACCGCUAUCAACAAUCAACACAUACACGAUUGCCAAAAAGCUUGCAUUCUUUGGAGCAAAAACAAUUCUAAAUGUAUUUAAUUAGGGAAAAGAAAAAGAUCAAUAAAGACGUGUUUUACCCCAACAUUUUCAUGUGUCUAUC